UUGAUGUUUUGUUUGUUGUCAAAACGUCAUUUUAGAUUAGAUGAUUUCUUUUCUGAAGCUCCUUUUGUUUUGAUUAAGUUUUGGAAAUAAUUUUAGUUUUAUUGUAAUAAAUGCACGAAAAACAAAAGUGACUAUGAUGAAUCUUCGCUAGAUUAAUGCUGAGAAAAGCUUAAGAAUUACCUACCUUGGUUUAUUGUUUUGUCCGGCAUCGAACACUAUGGAUUACGAUUAUCUCAUAAAAUUACUUUGUGUGGGGGAUUCUGGAGUCGGAAAAACAAGCUUUCUUUACAAGUACACAGAUGGAGUGUUUCACACACAAUUUAUUUCAACAGUGGGCAUCGAUUUCCGAGAAAAAACUGUGAUAUAUCAGCAAAGUGGGCGCCAACAUCGAAUUCAUUUGCAACUUUGGGACACUGCUGGACAAGAAAGAUUUCGGAGUUUAACAACAGCAUUCUACAGAGAUGCAAUGGGAUUCUUGCUGCUAUUUGACUUGACUAAUGAAGCAUCUUUUCUUGAAGUGAGAAAUUGGAUUGAACAGCUAAAGACGCACAGUUUAAGUGACGAUCCUGACAUUGUCCUGUGCGGCCACAAAUGUGACCUGCAGGAAAAACGGCUGGUCAAUCAGAAUCGUGCCAGGGAGUUUGCCAAAAAUUACAACUUGCCAUAUUUGGAGACCAGUGCCAAAAGUGGACAGAAUAUAGACCGUGCUAUUGAGAUACUUCUGGAUAAAGUUAUGCACAGAAUGGAGUCAUCAGUAGAAUAUGCAAUGCUGUGUGCGUCAGGACGACGUCGACAGUCUUUGCAAAAACUGCAAGCGAAACAGGACCGAAAUCUAUGUACCUGCUAAAUUUAUGAACAUGUCUGUGAUCUUUAUAUGGUCUAUCUUAGAUCAUAUGACUUGGAGGACACAAUUAACAUUAAAUUGAAGUAAAUUACAAUGAUUUUAUAAUCAUGAUGAUUUUGGAGGAAAUAUGUCUAGAAAUGAAUUUGUUUUAAAAAUAGCACAAAUAUCGCUAGUUUAUUGUUUGUUUUGUGAUUGAUAAUGCAUUAUCAAAUGUUGAUUGCAUAACCAAAAUUAUAAAGAAAUAGUAGUUGUGUUGUCAAGAUUUAAAGACUGCAAAUUAACCCAUUGAUCAUAAAUUGUUUGACCUGCGCAUUUGCACCGGUUCAUAAGGUAGACAUUGAUACAAUACACAUAUAUUAAAGUGCACUAUGUGCUGCAUAUAAAUAUUUACUUUUGCUAUAGGUAAUAAAGAGGCGUUACGAGUCUAAUACAUAUAUUGAAAUACUAUGUACAUUCAUAGAUUUGUUAAAAAUUGGAACUAAAUACAUUUCCAAAGUGAGACACUUUUAAGACUGAUUUUU